GGGGCGGGGCCCUCGGGUCAGUCUCAGCCUCCGGCACCGGCCGCGCAGCUGGAGGCGGCGGAGCGGAAGUCCCAGCCAUGGCUACAAUCCGAAAGAAGUUGGUGAUCGUGGGUGAUGGUGCCUGUGGCAAGACCUGCCUCCUUAUUGUCUUCAGCAAGGAUCAGUUCCCAGAGGUCUACGUCCCUACCGUCUUUGAGAACUAUAUUGCGGACAUUGAGGUGGACGGCAAGCAGGUGGAGCUGGCUCUAUGGGACACAGCCGGACAAGAGGACUAUGACCGCCUGCGGCCCCUCUCCUACCCGGACACGGAUGUCAUCCUCAUGUGCUUUUCCAUUGACAGCCCUGACAGUCUGGAAAACAUUCCUGAGAAAUGGACCCCAGAGGUGAAGCACUUCUGCCCCAACGUGCCCAUCAUCUUGGUGGGGAAUAAGAAGGACCUGAGGCAAGAUGAUCAUACCCGGAGAGAGCUGGCCAAGAUGAAGCAGGAGCCUGUUCGAUCCGAGGAAGGUCGGGACAUGGCAAACCGAAUCAGUGCCUUUGGCUACCUUGAGUGUUCAGCCAAGACCAAGGAAGGGGUGCGGGAGGUAUUUGAAAUGGCCACCCGGGCUGGCCUCCAGGUCCGCAAAAAUAAGCGCCGGAGGGGCUGCCCCAUUCUCUGAGGCCUCCACGGCUGGGCCCCUUCUCCUUUGUCUUUCAUCACAGGGGUACAAAUUCCCCACCCUGUAGGACUCCAGGCUGAAGGCUCCCUUUUCAGUUCCCUCCUGCCCCAAGUGGAGGUGACGGGACCUCCCUCCUGUGGGAACUACUGGCACCCCAGUCUUCCCGAGCAGGACCCUCUCCUCCUGCUGCCUUGUUCCAGAGGUGGGGCCCUUGCUCCCUAUGGCCUUCCGCAUGUCACACACCAGCACUUUAUACACUUUGGCUCACGAGUUUAGGGUAGGGACUAGGGUUUCUGUUUUGGGUUGUGGCCUGCUCACUGGCUGUGCUUGGGGGAGGGGGGUUAAUAAAGGUCAAAGGUUCCAACGUG